ACAAAAGAACUUCGGAAAAUACGUGCACAAUUUUUAUUACUACAAUAUUAUUACGUUUUUUAUUAAUUAUUUGUUGAAUCGUACAAAAAGUAAUUGACGCUUAAACAAACCAAUAAAUUGUUCCUUUAUUUAAAAAAGGUAUAUCUGAAGUACCUGCUUUUGUCGCUGCACCAUCAACCGCAACGUAAAUGAUUUUUGAAGGAGUGACGUGUCGCUUUUGAUUUUAUACUGAUUUUAAUUCACUAAGCGAGUUAUAAUUUGUUACUUUCAUGAUGGAUGUUAGACGACGUAAGGAGUCUGAUAAUGACAAGAACCAGCUGGUUCCACCGGCAGAAACGUAUAAUGAAGAACGUCAUGAAAAAACAGAUAUACGCGGCGAUAGGCGUAACAUAGCAAUAUUACUGUUUCUGUACAUUUUACAAGGCAUACCGCUGGGUCUGAUUGCGGCCAUACCAAUGUUACUGCAGAACCGAGGAGCUAGUUACAAGCAGCAAGCUGAAUUUUCAUUUGCUUACUGGCCUUUCAGUUUGAAGCUGUUGUGGGCUCCAAUUGUGGACUCAUUGUAUAUAAAAAGUUUUGGUCGUAGGAAAUCUUGGCUAGUGCCCUGUCAGUACUUGAUUGGCGUGUUCAUGCUAUUGCUAUCUUUUGUGGUGGACCGUUGGCUGGGAGGUAAUGGCAUAGAGCCAAAUGUUCCGUUACUCACGACUCUCUUCUUUUUGCUAAAUUUCUUGGCCGCCACGCAAGACAUUGCUGUUGAUGGUUGGGCCUUGACCAUGUUAAAGAGAUGCAAUGUUGGCUACGCAUCCACUUGCAAUAGUGUGGGACAGACAGCAGGUUAUUUCUUGGGAUAUGUGGCUUUUAUAGCAUUGGAAUCGAAAGACUUUUGUAAUACCUAUUUGCGUGCGCAGCCCCAAGAUACGGGUAUGGUAACACUACCAGAAUUCUUGUGGUUCUGGGGCGUUUGUUUUCUCGUUGCAACUACCCUCGUGGCCAUUCUUAAAAAAGAAAAUGAUAUAAAAGACGACCAUUCAGAAUCAAGAUACACGGAAGAACAUGAGUUGAACAUUUACGAAAGUUAUAAAAUACUUAUUGACAUGGUGCGUAUGCGUCCCAUUCAAAUAUUGGCAGGCAUUUUAUUGACAGUUAAAGUUACAUUCGCCGCCUGUGAUGCCGUCACAUCGCUCAAACUAAUUGAUGCUGGGGUACCUAAAGAGAAGCUGGCUUUGUUGGUGGUACCAAUUAUCCCGCUACAGAUUGUUUUGCCAUUGGUGGUGAGCCGUUAUACAAAUGGUCCGCGACCUAUGGAAGUGUAUGUGAAAGCCAUUCCUUAUCGAAUUUUUUUCGCUUCAAUGGCAGCUCUCAUUGCCUAUUUCACGCCUUACAUCAUAGCUGGCGGCGAGGUGCCAGUUUACUAUUACAUCCUGUUAAUUGUAAAUUAUGGUAUCUAUCAAAUCUUCCUGUAUUGUAUGUUUGUGGCUAUUAUGGCAUUUUUUGCAAAGAUAUCAGACCCUGCAGUAGGCGGUACCUACAUGACUUUCCUAAAUACACUUUCGAAUCUGGGCGGAAACUGGGCAAAUACCGUUAUAUUGUGGCUGGUUGAUGUGCUAACUUGGAAAGAAUGUACAAGAUCUGAUGAAACAGUUGUUAGGGACAAUUUUUGUUUAACAAAAAAUCAAAAGGAGGAAUGUGCCGCUGCUGGUGCCGAGUGUAAAAUAGUGUUUGACGGCUUUUAUAUUGAAUCCAUAGUGUGUCUGGUGUAUGGAGUUAUCUGGUUGAUAUUUGUACGAAAGUGGAUCAACUAUUUGCAAAAUUUGCCAACAAGAGAUUGGCUGGUGGUAAACACUAAAAAAUCUUCUGCGACUUCUGCCAAGAGCAGGUAGCAAUUCAUUGUAUGACAUCCAAGAGGCUACAUAACUGAUUAGUAGAAAUUUAAAUAAUUAGUUUAUUUUAUUAUUCCAUAGUUUUCUAAUAACUACACAAACACAAAUUUUAUUUAUUUAAAUUUACGUUUUAUGAUUUGGAAACGUGCCUAUAUAGUAUAGUAUAUAUACCAGUCCUGACUGAUGCCACAGGAGAGAUUUCGAUGUAUUAUAUCUCAUCGAAGGGUGUGUUGUAUAUAAUAAAUAUUAUAAGCUUGACCUUCAAUUUCCAUAGUAAUUACAUUUUUAGGUUAUCGUCUUAUUUUGUAAUUAUUUUUAGUAUAAAUUAUGAAAAAAUGUUUGUAAUCAGGUUCAAAAUUAAAAAAAGAAAAUAAAUAGACAUUGAUUUGUUUUCAGCCUAGAA